UAAAGUUUCAGUCACUUCUGUGUUUUUCAUUGAAUCCUUCUCAGUCCUGAAUACUUUGCAUUUUUAGUGUAGAAGAAGCAAAUGUCCCUUUAAAGUGUUGAUAACUUGAAGCGUUUAGGCUUAUACCAUGUUAGCCGAUGAUAAGGUGAAGAAGAAGGAGAGCAAAGCCCAGAGCAUAUGAUAUUACCAUUCCAGCAGAGAUGACACCCUGAGCCUGUAAAGAACCAUUCUGCUGUUAACCAGGUGUCAUUAUUGCCUGCAUCGAUACAAUAUACCACCAUACUUUCAUCAAUUGCCAAGGGACCCUGCCUUGCACCUCACAUUUUAUCACCAUCAAAAGCACCCCGUACCACCAUCAGGACCACCCAGAACCAUCAGAACCAGGAUGUGCCCCAGUUGUGAAAGAUAUUAAAGAGCAACUUAUUCCAUCCUUUUUGCACCUAUUACCAUGGUUCGCUUCUUAUUAAAACGAGGACUCAUCACUUCUAUAGCCCUGUGCGUUUGCUGGUUUCUCUACAAUGGUCUUUCCAUAAAUAAAAAAAUAUAUAUUGUCAAUACUGAGGAGGAUGUGAACCAGUAUAUUUCCACCACAAAAUACAAACCGUUGAAUAUUUCAUCAAAUGAAAGUAGAAAGAAGCAUGACUUACCAAAACACAGCAGUCAACCCAAACAUAAUAGAGCUAAAUUGUGGGAAAAGGAAAUGACUUCCAACGACUUGAUCCAGAAACUACAGAAAGAGAGAAAAAGAUACCAGUCAAUGAACACAUACAAAGUCAGAUUCCAGGGCACCAUAAACCAGCAACACAAUCCACGUGAACUUCUCUUCCAGCUUAAACACAGGGUGAACCUGACAACACUGAAGAGUUCUGACCUACCAAAUAGUGCAAGUUCCUGGAGUCAAUAUCUGCCCGACAAGGACAUUCAUGAAGUAGUGGGGAAACUAAGACAAUGUGCUGUAGUAUCUUCAGCUGGAUCUCUAAUAGGUUCAAAACUUGGACAAGAGAUAGACUCCCAUGAUGCUGUUCUUAGGUUUAAUGCUGCACCUACAAAAGAAUUUGAGAUUGACGUGGGAUCGAAAACAACAUUUCGUCUGAUAAAUUCACAGGUCGUUACGAGGGUCGAUCACCAUUUCCUGGAAAAUCGUAUAUAUAAAAAUGUGAUAUUGAUCAUGUGGGAUCCUGCUCCAUAUGAUGCUGAUAUAUAUCAGUGGUAUAAGAAGCCGGAAUUCAAAUUCUUUGAGCCAUAUAGGAAACAUCGAAUAGCGAACCCAAAGCAGCUGUUUUAUAUCCUGAAACCACAAACACUUUGGCAACUGUGGAACAUCAUUCAAGAGAACUCACCAGAACAAAUCCAACCAAAUCCUCCAUCAUCAGGGUCUAUCGGGAUCCUGUUGAUGAUGAAUAUUUGUGAGAAAGUCAACGUCUAUGAAUUUCUGCCAUCUUUACGUCAAACAGACCGGUGUUAUUAUUUCAAACCAAACGUUGACUCUGCCUGUACUUUUGGAGCUUACCAUCCACUUAUCUACGAGAAAAAUUUAUUUAAAAAACUCAACCAAGGAACUAAGGAAGAUGUUUAUGAGAAAGGCAAAGUGACCUUGCCUGGAAUGAGGCAGCAUUUGCCUAAAGCAGGGUAGCGAAUAUGGAGGAUCAUUUAGACCGGUCUUAAUAAGGCCCUGCGCUGACAGUGGACCCGCCAAUGUUAUUUAGAGGCGCCAGCCUUUACAUAUCUUUGGCGGAUCCACCGCUGCUUCUAAAUCUACUCCAGCUCCCUUGUUGGCGUAGAUUUAGACCAUUCUCUAUGCCUAAAACAGACAUAGAAAAUGAUGAAUAAGAUGGGCCUGCCAACCCGUCCCCUUUCCUUGGCCACGCCACAACCACUUUUGUAGACCUUGAGUGAGCGGAGAAAAGUCGCAGAUUGUGGCGCAAAGAACCUUUGCACCACAAUCUGCUCCAGAAAUACACCUAAUAUAGACAUAUUUCCUUAAGUCAAUGACUAACAGAAGUGGAAGAUUAUAGGUUGUGCAGACUAACAAAUCCAGGAAAGACGUUCUUACCAUAUCUCAAGUGAACUGAUGCACCUCACAUGCACUGCAAUCUAUUUCUUGCUGAUUACUGCAUAUACCGGUAGGGCAAACUUGUUUAGCAGCGCCAUACAGAGAAAGUCAUCACUGACAUAAUUCAUCCAAUUAAAGGGAACCUGUCACCUCCUAAAGGCAUGUAAACUCGCCAGCAGUGCCUCAGGGUAGCCCGCAGUGUGAUACUAAUCAUACUUUUCAUCCUGCAGCCCGAUGCUGCAUAAGGUCAGAAAACGAUCUUUUAUCCUCCGUCCGGGCUAAUUUGCACGUCAGCUUGCAGUGAAGGGGGCAGCGGCCAACUUGCUUCAAGUCAAGGUAACUACGCCCCCUCUUGACUUUGAGUGACGCCCCCUCUUGACUUUCCGAAGUCUCGCGGAUGUGUGGUGCCCUCUGUUUUACUGCGCAAUCCCAUCGUUGCUCACAUUAUAAAGUGAAUAAAUGUGAGGUACCCAGUGUUCUGUUAUCCUUCAUUUUCUUCCUCCCUCCCGUUUUGCCUGCGAGUUCUCAAAGUAAAAUGUUGUUGGGCAUCUUCUUACGCAAUUUGUCCAAGUCUAAAUAAAAUUUAGAUUUGUUUGAAUA